AUGUUGAUGCUCGGCGUCCUGCUCCUUUUUCUGAUGCCGUUGUCGGCAACGGGAACGGCACAGCUCUGCGGCAGCGGCAGCAACUACACCACCAACAGCACCUAUCAGUCGAACCUCGCCGCCCUUGCCGCCACCCUCCCCACUAAUGCCUCCUCCUCCCGUCAGCAAUUUGCCGCCGCCACCGUUGGACAAGUACCUGAUGCGGUGCACGCGCUCGCGCUCUGCCGCGGCGACUUCGCCAACGACACGGCAUGUGCGGACUGUGUUGCCGCCUCAUUCCAGCACGCACAGCAGACAUGCCCCAACGACGAGGCCGCCACCGUCUACUACGACUAUGAUGACGUAAACAAUCAGAGGCCAGGCUGCGUACUCGGCUUCUCUGGCGAGAGCGAUUUCCUCAGCCCAGCGGCCGGUCUCACCGAGAACGGUACGCUCUUCGAGGCAUGGAAUCCGGGGAACAUCUCCGCGGACGCCACCAUCACCGCCGCAGACGUCCACAACCUGCUGACUGUGACAGCCCAGGACUCGGCCGCCGACACGGCGAGGCGGUACUCCACAGCGGUGAUGGAUGCCGUGCCAACGCUCUACUCCCUCACACAGUGCACGCCGGACCUGUCCGCCGGUGAUUGCCUGGUUUGCCUCCAGCGGCUUAUCGGCAUGGUCAACGCCACCACGUCCGUGCGCCAGGGAGGACGGAUCUUCGUCCUGCGCUGCAACAUCAGGUUCGAGACGUUUAUGUUCUUCGACCAGCCUAUGCGGCGGAUCAAUCCAUCCUCCAUCACUCAGGCUCCACCAGGCAAGAGUAUGUACACGAACUGUUCGUUUAUUUCCCUUGAAAAAAACUUGAGAUUGCGAGAAAGGCGCACUAAUAAGUUGCACGGAGGGGAUCAUGAACUAGUAUGGGAUAUGGAAACAGGAAUGUUAUCAGGGUUUUCGUUUUUUGAGUUUGAUCAGAUACAGGAGGCCACGAGUAACUUUUCUGAAGAAAAUAAACUUGGAGAAGGCGGGUUUGGCCCUGUAUACAAGGGACAUUUUCUUCAUGGAAUGGAGAUAGCAGUUAAGAGGCUUGCUUCACAUUCAGGACAAGGUUUGGUGGAGUUCAAAAAUGAAGUUCAGCUCAUAGCCAAGCUUCAACAUAGGAAUUUGGUGAGACUGUUGGGAUGUUGCUCUCAAGGAGAGGAAAAGAUACUGGUCUAUGAAUACAUGGCGAACAAAAGCUUGGACUUCUUCAUAUUUGUUCACACAGAUGAACACAGAAAAGCUUUAAUGGAUUGGAACAAACAUCUAACAAUAAUUGAAGGAAUAGCAGAAGGCCUUCUUUAUCUACAUAAGCACUCUUGUCUGCGUGUUAUACAUCGAGAUCUUAAGCCAAGCAACAUUCUCUUGGACAAUGAAAUGAAUCCUAAAAUUUCGGAUUUUGGACUAGCAAAAAUAUUCAGCCCAAAUAACAACGAGGAAAACAGUACGAGAAGAGUAGUUGGUACAUAUGGUUACAUGGCUCCCGAGUAUGCUUCUGAGGGCCUUUUCUCUAUCAAAUCCGAUGUAUUCAGCUUUGGUGUUUUAGUUCUCGAGAUCCUUAGCGGGAAAAGGAAUUCCGGUAGCCAUCAAUGUGGUGAUUUCAUUAAUCUCCUCGGAUAUGCUUGGCAGUUAUGGGAAGAUAGAAGAUGGAUUGAUAUUGUUGAUGCAUCACUUAAUUCAUUUCUUCCAAAGACUCACCCAACAGAAAUUAUGAGGUGCAUUAACAUUGCACUACUAUGUGUACAAGAGAAUGCAAUAGAUCGACCAAACAUGUUGGAUGUUACUGCAAUGCUAAGCAGCAAGACAAUGAUCCUACGUGAGCCUAAGCACCCACCGUAUUUCAAUCUAAGGCGUACCAGGGUUCUCCUGUGGAUCAAAAGGCCACAACUUAUGAGGGCACACAACCUUGGGGAAGAAGACCAACUGGAGGACCUUUGGGAGGUGGGUGGCGGAAGACGGCUGGGAGCUUUCGUCUAG